AUGGUGGAGGAUGUGUACAGGCAAGGACCAGCUGCUGUCCGGAAGGCAUCUCAAUUACUACUCCCUCAUAUUCGUCCACAAGUUGCAGGCCUGUUAGAGGCUAGAGAGUCAGAGGAUCCAAAGGGACGACCACCAAAGAGGUCGAACACUAGAGAUCCUUCUUGGUUUGAGCAUGAGAGGACACGAUCGGCAAAGAGGAGCAAAACAAAUGAGAACACGAGAAAGACACACAAGACGACUCCUGCAGGAGGUGUCUCGAAAAGUCAGCAUAUGCAAGUCCACAAUGAGAGAAAUGUUUUUCCUUAUCUCCGCUAUAUUCCACUUAGCGUCCGCCCUCUUCUUAGAGGGCGACAAUUGUAUGUCGAUCUCGGAGGACAUCAUCCAGCCAAUGACGAUGACAAGAGUGAUUAA